AUAUCUAUAUAUAAAAAUCAUAUCGCUAUUCGUUAGUCUCGCUAAAAGUCGAAAACGGCUGGACCGAUUAAGCUAAUUCUGGUCUUGAAUUAAAUGUGGAAGUCCAGGGCAGGUCUAAAAGGUGAGAAAUACAUGUUUGAGGCGAUACGAAGUGUGCCGGGUCAGCUAGUUAAUAAUAAUACUAAAGAGGGACUGUAUCAAUGUGUGUUGCUAAACUAAGUACACUUAUAAUUAUCAUUCCAUUAACUACAAAAUUAUUUGUACGAUGCGAAGAGAGUGUUUCUAAGGUUACUAUUCCGAGUACGCCCACUACGCCAUACAAGUUGUCAACAAAGUCGCCAGCGAAAUCGCCUAUGCUGUCAACGAUUACAAAUAUUCUACGCCAAGACCGCACCUUCGCAUUUUCGGGGUCGACAGCAAAAUUUACUGGACGCACACCGCCAUACCGAAACACAGUCCCGAAUCAAUGCGACUACAUUAUAAACCACUGUCACAAGACAUAUGAUACUUCAGCUGUAUGUGGCAGGACUUUACAGUAUCAAUAUCAAUCAUUCAAAAACUACUGCAUGUUAGAUUUCGUUAACUGUAGAGAAGGACACGAAAUUUGGCAAAUAUUACAUAUGGGUAAAUGUUAUAAAUUGAAGGAUUUAACAGAGAAUGAAGAAUUUCUGUAUUCAGGAGACUCAUUCCUUUCAAAGGAUUAUGUAAUAGACAGACAUCAGUGGAAAUUACAGGACAUGCCACGUUACGUACAAGAAAGGGAUCAAUGAAAACCUCAUAUCUACAAGGAAAG